AUGCCAGACGCUUUGGUGGACAACAAGCCCCUGCACCGCGUACUACGGAAGAUUGCGAGCUACGCGGUCGUUUCGUUCUUCAGUCGUGUCCAUGUCAUUGGCGAGGAGAAUGUACCCAAAGAGGGACCGAUGAUUGUAACUGCGACACAUCACAAUAUGAUGCUUGAUCCUGCGGUACUAUCAAGCGCAUUCCCGUAUGGGCGCGUAAUGAACUACUGGUCCAAAGCAUCAUUGUUCGCCAAUCCGGUCUUGAAAUACGUCCUCCUUAGCACCGGUAACAUCCCAGUGGAGCGCAAGUCGAAAGACCGGCAAAUCCUCUUCCGCGGCACCUUCGACGCGCUGGCUCAGGGGUGGGCCGUCGCGUUGUUUCCCGAAGGCACAUCCUACACCGAGCCCAAGAUAAUGCAGAUCAAAGAUGGCGCGUCCUGGGCUGCUCUUGAAUAUGCGAAAUGGGCUCAGGAGAACCCAUCGAAGGUCGGUCCCGUGGCCAAAGACAAGGACCUCGUUAUCGUACCCGCGGCAAUUGUGUAUACUAACAAGCCCAAAUACCGGAGCGAUGUUAUCAUGGAGUUCGCCAAUCCGAUAAAGGUUAACGACUUCCUCCCGGAGUUUAUCUCAGGUGGCGAAGGAGCCGCCCGGCUCGCGGUCAAGAAGCUGACAUCGGCGAUAUACACAUCUCUCGUCCAGAACACUGUGAACGCCCCCGACUGGGAAACGCUAUACGCCGCUCGCAUGGCGCGCGAUAUGCUUUGGCCGGAGGAGCGAUCCAUACCACUCGAUGACUUCGUCACAAUUUCUCAGACACUCGUCGACCUCUUCUCCACCCCCGAUGCAACAAACAACCUCGUCUCCGUCCGACGCAACCUCCUCGAAUACUAUUCCCUCCUCCACUCCACCCAUCUCACGCACUCGACACUCUCCACCCUUCCCCUUCCCUCAACCCUCAACCCUCGAUCCACUGUGCCCCUCUCCUCCCGCCUGUAUACUUUGCUCACGCUCCUCUCCUCAUCUUUCAUCUCCAUCCUGCACCUUCCCUUCUUCAUCGUCCCCCUCAUCGUCCACGCGCCGGUGUACGCCAUGGCUCGCUACGGCGCUAAGCUUGUCGAGGACGAAGAAGAAACGCAAGCUCAGAACAAAGUCGUCUUCGGGCUGCUGUUCGUGAUGCUGAUUUACCCCGCGGCAUUUGUAUUUUUGUGGGCGAUGCUGUGGUAUAGUCCCAUCGGCGCCAUCGUAUCGGCGGGGAUUCUCUACCUAUUCGGAAUGUACCACAACCGGAUGAUCAACGAUAACUACGAGCACGCCAAGCGCCUCCUCACGACCUGGCGCGUCCUUGUCGGCAUUUGGGUCCCCAGAAAGUGGGACCUCUCGAUCUCCGCCCUCUCGCAAUAUACAAGCCCCCUCACUCCGCCAGAGAACCCUUGGAUCGACCGGAACAGGGAACCGAAGGCGUCCGUCCCCAGCCCCGCGGCCUCGCCGGCGCCCGGAUCCGCCUCCGCCUCCCCCGCCCCGUCUUCUGGAACCGCCAAGGGUGGCAACGAAGACAAAGGUCGCCGACGCCGCCGACCUCCAACUCGGCGCCUCAUACGACAUGUCCUCCGUGCACGAGCUCAAGCAACACAUGCGCUUGCGUCCUUCUUCGCUCAGCUCGAGCGCCGCGAGGACGGCUGGGUCCACGCUGCGCCGCACCUCGCGCGCAUCUACAACGGUCGCGUGGAGAACCUACCCCCGCCUCCGGGCUUGCCGGAUGACGCUUUGCGGCUGCCCAUGCCAGAUGGACCGACCGAGAUCGGGUACAGGCGCGCGAAGGAGGUGGUUGCGUUUUUGCGCAAGAAAGGCGCUAAGGUCCAAGGACUGGAGAGCGGGAUCCAGGGCGACUGGGCAGCCGCGGUAUCUAGCGGCACGGAGACGCCGGUGGAGGAGAAGACGGAGGACGAGGUAACGUGGGUUCCGGCAUCCAGAUCCUGA